AUGGAUUGGUUGAUUGGAAUUGGAGCUUUGGCUGCAUCGGCACUGCUCGGUUACUACAUCGGUGUACAGUUUACAAAAAAGAAAUGCCGCGUCAACAAUAAAAUUAGACUUUCCUCCGAUAAGGUGGUGGAUUCGGUUGAUAUGGAGGACCUUGGUGCUAAAAAAGUGUUUUGUCGUUGCUGGAAGAGCGACCAGGUUGAUGAUUUUUGGAAUUUUAUUCAUUUAAAAACUGAUCCGUCUACUUUGCUAUGA